UUCUCCCCAGCCCUUCUCCAUCAAAACAGAAGCAGCAAAGACAUUUAAUACAUCGUUCCCUGCCGCCCUCGACACGGAUUGCCGUUUGCCAUCUUCACUGUCUCUCUUUCUUUCGUUCAAUUUUCUUCUUUCAUUCUUUCUCCUUCUCCCUCAAAAUCUCUCCACUACGAUGGCGACCGGAUUUGAUCGCCUCGAGAGGCUAUUCAGCAUCAAGCGCAAACCUUCAUUUGCCUCUGUUUCGGUUGCUACUUCUAUCAGCACCCCGACAGAACCCCAGUUCCCCUCUCCUUCUUUCAUUCGCCCUACAGCCACUCGCAUGGCAGCUCGAGAGGAAGUGCGAUUGCGAAUAGCGACGGGUCGAUCCCCCUCAGCCCCGGAUGUCACUCCUUCUCGACUAGGCUCACUGAGUUCCCAUGCCUCCAGCCCAGGCUUCAGUCACUCGUCUACCCGAUCGCCUUCCCUCCUUGGCCCUCACCCACAGGCAGACUCUCUAGUGGCGAAGCUUUGCGAAUAUCAAUUUCCUAACUCACCGAGCCCAGAGGAGAAGGCGACACCAAUGUCCACGGCGUUAGAGAUACGCGAGAUCCCAAGUCCUCGUUCUCAGUCUCCGCUCCGUCUACGGGCUACACCACGUCUUGACACCCCUCCAUCCCCUGACUUGGAAGACAUCGAAUCCUGCCGCCGCUCAUUUGAGAGCAUCAGAGUCCCAAUAACUUCCUAUGAUACUCCACCAACUCCUGAAUAUUCGCCCGAGAUUCUACCCGUGCGCAACGCGCGCAACCUGCUCGCCGAUUCCAAAAUCUUCGACAUUGCAAUCGAUAAGGCCCUCUUUGAAGAAAUUGAAGAUCAGCUUCUUCAAACUUUUGAUUAUCCAUCUUUGAACGAUUCAUUCAGCGACUCGUCCCCCUCUGAAGCAUCAUCCAAUAGCUCUACCUUGCGGGAGCCUGACUUCAACGAGUUUCUGAAUCUGAGCGAUGACGAUAUUGCUGAAUUGGCGCCUGAUAAUCUAGACGUUGAAUCUGAUAGCGGCACGCAACUGCACUCUCCGCUCCCAAUGGACACCUCUCCCCCUUCGCCUAAGCCUUCUCCCCUCCUGACACUAACGCCUCCUCCUGUCAGCCGGCCUGCUACUGCCGCUGCUUUCGAGGCCGCUAGAAUUGCAAAGAGAUAUGAUUUCGACCUUGUCUAUGUGGUAAAUCUUUGGCCAGGCGGACCGCGUGGCCAAGUUUUCGACCUCGAGUCUGCGAGUUCUUGCAAGAGGCCCUUAGUUGGUCGACUGUUGGCAGCGCAUGGCCUUGAUCAAGUCCCAUCGCCACUACAAAUUUCCCCGGAGGCUCAUGCCACCAUGUUGCGGUCCAAGGGCUGGGUUGAAUACAAAAACACAGAAGCGCAGUUGCACGAAAUCGCACGUGGCUACGCAUGCUCCUUCUACUCGGGCAAAUAUUCUCAAAGUUGUUCACACGAUCGAGACAGCCCAGUUUCAGGAGUUCGACUAUCAGAGAUGAUCGAUCGAGGCAUCGUGUUUGCAGCAUAUAGAAAGCCUAGAAUUGGCCCAUGCAGACUGGGGCACAGCUUUACUGGACAGGAUCUUAGUUCUCUAUACGGAGAUGCAGAGACGUUGGUGGAGAUGCUGAUUGAUAUCCAUACCCGCAACCGUCAAUACCAGCCUGAUUCCAACAGCCAGCUCUGCGAUGAGACUGGCCCCCUGCCUACGCAAGAACUCGACCAGCCGUCUCUCUAAAUCGAAAUCAAUCGACACAAUUCUCCUAUAUUUGCCUACAACUUUAUGGUCAUUUGAGGCGUCAAUUUUGGCCUGUACACUUUCUUUUUGUUGUUGCUUUCCGAUAUUUUGUCAACAUAAAAUGAUGAGUUUACGAAUGGAUUUCCUUUGUCAUGUUAUUUCUUUUGAAGAUACCUCUGGGGGCGGUUGUUUUUGUGAACUCGAUACACGAGAUGGUUUGCAUGUUACACUUGGCGUUUUGUGAGAUUCUGAGGCUUUUCAGCUCUCUCUAUCACAAUAAAGGGGGAUUUUUACCGAGUUAUUAUCGGUGGAAUCUCGUUGUAUCCAUAGUCUGGAAGGAAUAUUUCCAGGAAUUGAUGAUGGGCACCUACGAGGGUUUGGCCGUCGGCAUAUCUCAUUAAAAAAAAGUAAUUAGGUAUAUGUGCAGUUGAGACUUCA